AUGGUAGAAGCAACAAAAGUUGAGAGCAUCGAAUUCAAGUGGGGUAAAAAGAGAGGAAUUGGUGGGAAAAAGAAAGAUGUACAAUUUUAUGAAUCUUUCUGCUAUGAUGGUGUGGAGUAUACUCUUUAUGAUUCCGUUUAUAUGUACAAGGAAGGCGAGACAGAGCCUUAUAUUGGUAAGCUCAUUAAGAUAUGGGAGAACGCUGAAAAGGAAAAGAAAGUGAAGGUUCUAUGGUUUUUCCGUCCUUGUGAGAUUUUCAAUUAUCUUGGAGAUGAGAAGACUACUGAGAAUGAAUUGUUUUUGGCAUCUGGUGAUGGUGUAGGCAACGCAAAUGUUAAUGAUUUGGAAGCAAUUGCUGGAAAAUGCAAUGUGGUAUGCAGUUCAAAGGAUAAUAGAAAUCCACAACCAACAGAUAAAGAACUUCAAGAGGCUGACUUUGUAUUUUGUCGUACAUUUGAUGUUGGGAACUGUAGGAUCUUGGAUAAGAUAGAUGAGAAAAUUGUUGGGAUUGAAGCAAAGUUCUUAUUGAACAGAGUGGAUAAUCAGAAUACCAGUGGUGUUCCAAAACUUGAUAUGAACAAGAAAGAAGUCAGUGAAAAUGUUGUGGCUACUGAUGGCACUCGGAGUUUGGCCAGGAAAGAACCUUCUCUUGGAGAGAAGGCUACUUCUAGUUCAGAUGUAAAGUUUGAUGAAGUCACUAAAAUAAAUGAUCGACAGGUAGAUAAUUCUGGCGAGAUGGCAAGCUCAAGUUCUAAAGCUAAGCGAAUUUCAGAUGUAAAACCUUCAUUGGUCAACCAGGAAUCUUCACUGGGAGAAAAUUCUGCAUGUAAUUCAGGGUUAGGGGAAAGGACCAAAGAUGAUAAAAAGGAAACCAUGCCGAGUGACAACAUCACUUCAAGGUCUAAAGAUGAUGUUGGCAGUAGUGAAAGUAAAGUUGAUAAAGUCUUAUUUAAUCAGGUUCUAAUUGAAGAGAAAGUAAAAGUUGCUAAAGACUCUGGUGACUUGGAUGACCGGCCAUCAAAGAAAGCGAAGCUUGAUGAUUUGACAAAAGCAUCUUAUGAUAACAAGGUGAAAAGUGUGCAGAAAUUAAGACAUGAUUCCAAGGCUGUAGCCCAAACAACCCAUGCUUUUGAAGAUAAAUCAAAACCUAAACUCACUAAAGAUCCCCAUGAGAUCAACAAUGGCCUUUCCAAGGAGCCAAAGCCUGAUGAGAAGCUUGCCAGACUUGCUAAUGGCAUGUUUCCUGAAGCAUCUUUAAGACAGCCUUUGAAGGAGGGCAGUAAAACUAACUAUCAAAUACAGGAAGUCACUCGAAGGCCAGAAGCUCUUAAGGUUUUAGCUAGUGCUUGUUUUGUUGUUCUUGAUGCGAAACUUCUGGUGAAAAUGAGAUUUAAUACUUACAUCUUUGUUAUUGAUAUGUUGACAGGACAGAAGCAAGUGCCAUGGGAAGAAAGAAUGCAAACUGCUCUUGAGCAAGGAACUGUUGUCCUGCUACAGAAUCUGGAUCCGUCUUAUACCUCAGCAGUAGUAGAGGCCUCUGGUUGGCAGUAUUGCUGCUGCUUCUUGUUUCCCAAGAAAGCAGUCAACCUUUUUGGUCAUCUUGUUAUCAAUAAACUUAGAAUCCACAUGCAGCGUGAGAUGAAAGAAGCAGUAUCUACUUCACAUUGUUCUCAGCCGAAUACACUUGAGUAUGAUAUGGCAAUGGAAUGGUGCCUACUACAAGAAAGAUCAGAUCAAGCUUUGAGAAAACUACGCCAGCAACAAGAGCAAGAGUUGAGAAAACUUAGGGCUACUUUGAAGUCUAAAUGA